AUGAACAGCGUGACAUCGAUCUUCUCGGAUCCAUCGACUGCUACACGUCCUAACAGCAACAUCAGCCAAGGAUCGACUUCAAACCGCGGCAUAGGCGGCAAUGGACGCGGAGGGCCGCGUCGAAUGGGAGGAAUUAACCAUCGCGGCACCAUCAACCAGCCAAUGGGCGGAGGAUGCUGUGGCUAA